AGCCAUUUGACGAGAGAGGACACACUCCGUCUCAUCUCUGCUCAUAUGUUCACACUUUCCACAACAAUGGAGGAUUGUUCACUUUCUCAGCCAGAAAGACUGUAUUUUGGCGCUGACAGUGUUUUCCUUGUUCCAUAAGGCGGCCGAGGCCUUUGCACACAGGAGAGUGGACAGGACGGCUUCUCCUCAGACAUGAGGCACAGGUUCAGUGAUAACUACACUGAAAGGCAGCCUUUUACCAUUAAGGGAAACACCGGGCCACACCCUGUUUCUGUUGCACACCUUCAUGUGUUGCCCAUGAUGCCAGAAGCACACUCUGCCAACAAGAAUCUAACAAACCUCAUGCGAUCCACCGCUCAAGAAAUAGAUUUAGCACAAGCUGAGGCGGCGGCCAUGCCAGGCGGCACGCCACCCAAAACCUCAGCCGUAGCAGCAAAGCAGCCAGAUGUGGAGAUGGAAGCUGGCUGCAUGAAGCGCCCUGAUAAGGAGCCGGACCGCCUGGCAGAGCCAAAAGGCCCAGUUCUGGUUGCAGGAAAGCGGAGAAGCAGAGGAACCAGAGGAACCAAAGGCCACCGCAAGAGGAAAUGGAAAGUGUGCCUGUUCAUUUUGAUGGCCGUUGUUCCUGUGGUCCAAAGCUGUGCUCGUGCUCCGGCUUUCGUCUGCCUGGAUCAGAAGAGAUGCACAAAUAUCAUCAGCAUAUUUGGCCUAAACAACACUAAUCUGUACCAAAGGGCUCCUGAAGGUCGUUUCCCUCCAUGCUCUGGAAGCACCGUGCCUCCUGACGGCGGCUGCGCCGUCUGCCUCAAUUCCAAUGUCACGAUCCUCUGCUCAGAGGCAGCUGGACAUUAUUUGGAGGUAGAAGCCAAUGGAGAAACGAUCGACAACGCCCUCAUCGCUCCAACAGAACCAGUGCAGCUCUGUGGCCGAGGACACACACUGGCUGCUGGUCUGGGACUCGUUCUGGUUCUGGCUGCGGUUCUGCUGAUCGCGUGUAAGUGAUUAAUUAUGACCUCAUGUUUCCAACAUUUGACCUGACAUGACUCAGUAAAUCCCCUUUUUUCCCACAGUCACAUUACAUCAUUCAGUUCUGCUGCCACAGAACCGUGACCUAAUUCAUGUUUUAAAAUGCCGUUCUGAAUCCUAACUUAUUUAUACACACUUAAACUCUUUUCAUGCACUUUUUUACCAGGACUCCUGCCUGGACAGACUGAAGACAGCAGAAACCAGCGUCUUGCUCUUAUAAAACAAUAAAGUUUCUGCUGCAAACAC